AUGGAAAAUCAAACCACAGUGACCGAAUUUAUUCUCCGGAAACUUUCCAGUGACCCACAGAUGCAGAUUUUCCUCUUCUCAAUGUUUUUAAUUAUUUACCUAAUCACUCUGGGUAGUAACAUAGUGAUCAUGGUGGUGAUAAGAGCUGAUUCUCAUCUUAACACCCCAAUGUACUUCUUUCUCUUCCAUUUAUCCUUUGUUGAUAUCUGCUAUUCCUCAGUCACGGUGCCUAAUAUGCUGAUGAACUUCCUAGUAGAGCACAAAACUAUUUCUGUCAAUGGCUGCAUUGUCCAGAUGUUUUUCAUCCUCCUCUCUAUUGGUGCUGAAAUUUUCAUUCUCUCGGCCAUGGCUUAUGACCGCUACACUGCCAUCUGUGACCCAUUGCGUUACAUGGAAAGAAUGAGUAAAGGGAUCUGUGUUCAGCUGGUGAGUGGGGCAUGGACAAUAGGCUUCUUCCAUGCCCUGCUUAACACUGUUUUUACCUCCAAGUUGCGUUUCUGUGGGCCCAAUCAAAUCAACCAUUUCAGUUGUGAACUCCCUCCUCUAUUACAACGAUCCUGCAAUGACACCCUCACCAAUCAAGUGGUGCUUCUUACUUCUGUUGUGAUAUUUGGGUCAAGCUCCUUCCUCCUCACAUUGUUCUCCUACAUUUUCAUCGUGUCCACCAUCCUGAGAAUACGCUCUGUGGAGGGCAGGCGUAAAGCCUUCUCCACCUGCAGCUCCCACCUUAUUGUGGUUGGUUUAUGGUACCUGACAGCCUUCUUCCAGUACACAAAACCGAGCUCAGUCUCCUCUGUGGUUCUGGAUGAAAUAUUCUCCAUCCAGUACAGCAUCUUGACCCCCAUGUUAAACCCCAUCAUCUACAGCCUGAAAAACAAGGAGGUGAAAAUAGCACUAGGGAAAACGUUGGGGAAAUUGAAGUUUCUCAAGUAG